AUGGCAAAAUCGAGCUCAGAUGUCCUCAUGAGCAUUAAACCCGAGCACAUGCGCAAUAUCGCUUCUGGCGCGAAGAACCAUGAAUAUCGUGGUUAUCUACUUCCGCAGAAGGUCCACCGUAUUUGGUUCUACACCACUCUUCCCGUCAAGCAAAUCGCAUACGUCGCUCACGUAUCCCGAGGGAAAAUUCCAGGCGAAGUCCCGGAAAACGGCGGGAUCGGCAAUACAGACUUCAACGAGGGCAGGAAGAAGUCCAAGUAUGGCUACGAGAUUAUCAAGCUGUGGAUGCUGAAGCAGCCUAUUAGCUUGAAGAAGGCUAUCCUGGAAGGUUUCUUGAAAGGUGCACCACAGAAGUAUUGUUGGGUGCCAGUCAGUCUUUUGAGGAGCUAUCCGCUGGAUGAACAGGUCCAACUGAUUUCAAAUACACCGGAGGAGCUCUCAGUGGAGGGGAAGAAGGAAGCCUCCGUGAAAAUUAGAUUGGAGAAUCAACACGUUACGGUAAACACCGAUGAAGGUGCGGUGGCGGGUAAGCAGUCAGAGUCAUCCAUGGAUGUACCGUCUUAA